GAGUGAAUCAUCGUAAACGUGACUGGAAAUUUAAUUUUGCGCGGGAUGCAUGGACGAAGUUAAAGCGGAGUAAAACAGUAUAACAGUAUAACUCAUAUAAAACAUGCCUGCAAAACUAUCAAUAUCCUUGGCUAGAAGCCUUUCUAGCAUGUCUAGAUCUAAUAAGUCCAAUAAUAUAGACCAGUCAACAUUGGUUUUGACUCAAGUUAUUUUUAGACAUGGUCACAGAUCCCCAGACCAAAAACUCAACUAUCCUGGAGAUCCGUAUGAACUCGAGCCCUAUUUACCAUAUGGAAGAGGUGAGCUAACUUUGAUUGGAAGAAAACAAUGUUUUGCGUUCGGCCAAACACUGCGCAAUCGCUACUCGAAAUUCCUAGGCCCUGACUACGUCAACGGAUUAGUUGAAGCAAAAAGUUCCGAAAUCUCUCGUGCGCGAACCACUCUUCAAUUAGUGCUAGCCGGCCUCUUUCCACCAUCAUCAACCAGCAAAAUUCACGAUACCCUCAACUGGCAACCCGUGCCUUUCACUUAUAAACCACUAAAAGAAGACGCUCUCAUAGGUAGAGCUAUUGUAAAUAUGUAUCAGCACGAAGACCAUCCAGAAUUUCGUAAAACUGCCAACAGUCAAGAGGUGAUUAAAUGUAUAGAAGAAGAUCUGAAGUGGAAUGUAAGAGUUCAAGCACAAUGUUUACUCCUUUUCGAUACCCUGAAAACUCAGAUUGGCGUAGGCCUAGAAAUGCCAAAGUGGUGCGUGGAAAUUUUCCCAAACAAAUUGAAAAAAGAAUUUGAAGAUUUUACCAAACAUAACUUCGCCCGAAAGGAUUUUAUUAUUGGUGGAUUUGGUGAGUUUAUCAAAGAAAUCAAUAACAUUAUGACCCAAAAAGUUGAAGAAAUUACUAGGAAUGGAGAGAAACUUCCCAAGAUUUUUCUGUACUCUGGACAUGAUAUUAACAUCGCGGGUAUUUUAAGUAUUUUCAAGCAGUUUGAUUCUACAAAAUGGCCGAACUACAUGUCAAAUAUUACGUUUGAGUUACACAAAAUCGAUGGGGAAUUCUACGUAAAGAUACUGCACCAAAAUGGACCAGAGGAUGCUAAAAAUCUCUCAAAUGAAGAAAAAUUAAACAUUUUGAAGCUACCAAAUUCCAAUGAAGAGAUGUGCAAGUUAAGUGAAUUCACCAAGCACGUUCAAGAGUAUUUCCCGACUGCUACUAAAUUAUAAAACCAAUAUAUUUUAAAAGUAUUAAUUUAUAAAUAAUUUUAUUAAUGUGUGUAUUUAAUGAUAAAAAUUUCACCGCAAUGAACAAAUAUAUGGAUUAUAUCUA